AUGAGAGCUGGUCCUUUAAUAUGCCGCUUUUUCGUCCAUCCGGGCCUCCGAACAUGUCCGAACAUCAGACCCAACAUAUCAAUCCUUAGUCGUCGAUUCGCUUCUCAGAGCUCACGCCAUCCUCGAUUUACAAAUUGGUCUUCACCUGGUCUGAAAAGAGCAACUUUACGCGCGUCUGGUGGUGCAGCGGCACUAGGAACAGCUGCCUUUGUGGAAUUGUCGCAACAGGAUAAUGACAAUGAUCAAGAAACCGGAGAGAAGCGCAUGCUCGAAGCGUCGCGAGCCGAAGUGAGGAAGGGUGUUUCGGCUGAAUCAAGGGGCAUUGCACGAUUGGGAGAGCGUAUCAAAUACUUGAUCGAUCUCUUGAUCAUUGAACCUGUCUGUACAGGAUUCCGCUUCCUUCAGCUUGUCGUUAUCUUUGUGCCGGUCAUUAUCACAAUCCCUGCCAUUUACUUUGGAAAUCGACUACCCGAUAGAGAUAAUGAGCGAUCAGGGACACUCUGGUGGUACGGCUUCCUGGUCAAUGAGAUGGAAUUAGCUGGCCCAGCCUUUAUCAAACUUGGGCAAUGGGCAGCUUCAAGAACCGAUAUCUUCCCUACAGAAAUGUGCGAGAUUAUGUCAAAGCUUCACUCGAAUGCGCCUGCUCAUUCGCUCCAUGCUACGCGAACCACUGUUGAAGCUGCAUUUGGUGGCCGCCCUUUCGAGGAGAUCUUCGAAGAGUUCCAUGAGAAACCUCUAGGUGUUGGCGCAAUCGCUCAGGUCUACAAGGCCAAGUUGAAGCCUGGCUUAGCCAAACCCGAGGAGGCUGAUCUGCAUGAUUCAUAUCCUUUAGCGCAAAAUGUCAAGCGCAACGUCGAUACGGUACUGAAGAGUUCACCACAAAGGAUACCAUCAUCAUACGUUGCUGUCAAAGUUCUGCACCCCCAUGUAGAGAGAACAGUAAGAAGAGACCUUCGCAUCAUGGGCUUCUUUGCCUCUCUCCUCAACCUUAUCCCGACCAUCGAGUGGCUUUCAUUACCAGAUGAGGUAACUCAGUUCGGAGAAAUGAUGAAGCUCCAGCUCGAUCUCCGUAUAGAAGCAGCGAACUUAGCGACUUUCCGCAAGAACUUCAAGGAUCGGUCCACAGCUUGGUUCCCAUACCCCUACACAGAGUACACAACUCGCAACGUUUUGAUUGAGGAGUAUGCUCAAGGCAUUCCAUUGGCUGACUUUAUGGAGAAUGGUGGUGGUGUCUUCCAGCAUGACAUUGCCGAUGAAGGUCUCGAUGCUUUCCUUCGUAUGCUGCUGCUUGACAAUUUUGUUCAUGCUGAUUUGCAUCCUGGCAAUAUUAUGGUGCGGUUCUACCAAUCAGCCCACCCCGAGCUACGCCUACGGAAGACAAUGACCAAAGCCCAUCCUGAUGAAGCGGAAGAUGUCACUGAGCAAGUGCUCGAGAGACUCCGACCAUACCGACAUCGUAAGGACCCAAAGGCCUGGGAGGAAGAGCUGGCCAAGAUUGAUGCGGAGGGAUUCCGCCCUCAGCUCAUCUUCAUCGACACGGGAUUAGUAACAGAGCUCAAUGCUGUGAAUCGCGAUAACUUCCUCGACCUUUUCCGUGCUGUUGCUGAGUUCGACGGAUACAAGGCUGGUCAUCUCAUGUGCGAGCGCUGUCGUCAACCUGACGCUGUGCUAGAUAAGGAGGUAUUUGCACUCAAAAUGCAGCACCUUGUCCUAAGUGUUAAGAGCCGUACUUUGGCCCUCGGCAAUGUCAAGAUUGGAGAUAUUCUCCAAGAGGUGCUUAGCAUGGUCCGAAAUCACCAUGUCCGACUCGAGGGAGAUUUCGUCAACGUCGUUAUCAGCAUUCUGCUUCUCGAGGGUAUCGGUCGUAGCUUGAACCCCGAUGUCGACCUACUUAGCAGCUCGUUGCCAAUCCUUCGACAGCUUAGCGCACAAAGCGGUACCAAUAUGGCGAAGGCCGGAGAUUUCUCUAUGAUCAUGGUGUGGUUAGGCCUAGAGGCCAGGCGUUUCAUGCAGGCCAGUAUUGAAGACGUUGAACGAUGUGUCAAGUACGAUCAGCUUUCACCAAAUAUAUAA